GAACAAUCCUUCUCUUUCUUUCGUCUACUUUUUCCACUGUAGACCUUUCUCCACCGACAUCUUCAACCGGCUAUGAUGGAGUCCCUUUUGACCCCAGCCGAAUCUAUGGCCUUCCAAUCUUUUUUGUCGUCCGUCGACAACUCGCAACCACCUGGGGAUUGGGCGACUUAUGCCUCGCAGUUCAGUGGCGAGGUCCGGAAGAACAACCAUGAUCUCCUUAACCUCGAUUCUCUACCCUCGCCGCAGGGGAACGAUACUUUGACUCAGGCCACAAAGGAUCUCAUGUCGCUGGACGAUGGCAUGUGGGGUGACAACCGGAUGGUCCUCGACCAUUCUCAGUCUCAGCCCCAGCAGCAACAUUCCUUCUACGACCAUCUAGGGCAGCUCCAGCAUCCCCAUCCCCACCAGCAGCACCAGCACCAGCAGCAACAACAACACCAGCAUCAGCAGCCCUUACAAAUCCAGUCGCCUCAGCCGAUGGCCUUCCCAACGGCACACGACGCCUUCCCCUUCCUCAACAACUCCAAAUCCCAGCUCCAGCAACAGGACUUCUUCCAACAACAGCAGCAGCUUCAGCAGCCCUACCCUCACGACCCGAUCCAACAUUUCAAUUACCCGAGUCAAAGUUUUCAUCAUGGAAACCAACUCAAUGGGUCUUCAAUAAACGGUGUAGGGAUUUCCUUUGGCACACAGCAGCAGCAUCAACCGCCACAACCAACGCAACCUCAACAAGCGCAUAUCCCUCCGGCAAUCAGCCAUACGCAUUCACAGUCGUCUGUGACGUCGUCGUCCACGGCUGGUGCUCCCUCGAAACGCCCGAUUCGCGCGGCGUCGCUGUCGUCUGCGUCGUCACCUGCAGCUGGGCCUUCUUCAACGGCGAAACGGGGGAGCCGUUCCUCGUCUUCGCAGUCUCCAAAUCGGUCUGGUCCUCCGUCUAAACCGGCUUUGCUCUCUCCAUCGCAGAAAAAGGCCAACCAUAUCCAGUCAGAGCAGAAGAGGAGAGCGAAUAUUCGGCGCGGGUAUGAAGCGCUUUGUGAGACUGUUCCGGCGUUGAGGGAGGCGAUCCGGGAGGAAGAGGAGGAAGCCAAGGCUGCCGCGUUGGCUGCUGCUGCUGGGCUACCGCCUAAAAGUAAAUCGGCGAAGAAGAGGAGCGGGAAGAAGAAGGAAGGGGAGGAGGGCUCGAAGGAUAAGAUUGAUGGACGUGCGGGUCCUAGAAGUGAGAAUGUGGUUUUAUCGAAGACGAUUGAUUAUAUCAACGAUCUAUUAGCGGAUAGGGCUUCGCUGCUCGCGAGGCUUCAGCGUGCUAGGGCGAUGCUUCCACCUGGUCAUCCUGCGCUGGUGCCGCUGGUGCCGAAUCCGCUUUGGGAAAGAGAGUGGAAGGGCGGGGAAGGGAAAGAGGGGAAUACGCGAGAAGAGGGCGAAGAGAGUGAAGCGGAGGAGGAUACUGGCAGUCCCAAUCCCAACGCACCCAAGUCAGGGAAGGGAGCGCGGAAGAAAGGGACUGAAUAG